AUGUCCGGCUAUCAAAGGUGUCUCCAUGUUUUAUCCUUUGUUUCUUUUGUUUUAGAAUGCAAUAAAGACGAUCUUAUUGAUGUGCUGACCCAGUGCUCGAAUGAACAGAGGAUGAUUAUUGGUCAGACCUACAAUGCGAUGUAUGGAAAGGAUCUGAUUACUGACCUAAAGGAGAAAUUGUCUGAACAUUUCAAGGAAGUAAUGGUAGGACUGAUGUACCCACCAGCUUUCUUUGAUGCUCAUGAACUGAGACAUGCCAUGAAGGGUGCAGGUACAGAUGAAAACUGUCUAAUUGAAAUUCUUGCCACAAGAACAAACAGUGAGAUCUACGCAAUCAAUGAAUGCUACAUGAUGCAAUUCGGCAUACAACUUCAAGAGGAUAUUGAUUCGGAAACAUCAGGGCACUUUAGAGAUGCUCUCAUGUUGCUUGCACAGGGAGCCAGGGAAGAAGGAUAUGGAUAUGAGGAUCAAGGCAUGGCUGCCCAAGAUGCUACGGCACUUUGGGAAGCUUGCCAAGAUGAAACAGGGGAACAUAAAAGCAUGUUGCAAGAUAUUUUAUGUAAAAAGGGUUUUCAACAGUUGUGGCUGGUUUUUCAAGAGUUCCAACUCGUGUAUGGUCAAGAUAUUCAAGAUGCAAUAAACAACUGCUAUGAGGGACACUUUCAGCAAUUACUUGGUGCAAUUGUCCUUUGUGUUAGAGGCAAAGCUUCUUAUUUUGCACGCAAGCUCUACACUGCCAUAUACGACGAAGGCUUUCACAACAGAACCGUCAUAAGGAUAAUGAUUUCAAGGAGUGAAGUUGAUCUGAUGAAUAUUAAAACAAUUUACAAGACCAGCUAUGAAAAUUCACUACAUCAUGAUAUCAAGAAAUAUGCAUCAGGACACUAUAAGACAGCUCUCUUGGCAAUUUGUACUGGUGAUGCUGAGCAAUAUUAA